UGGCGGCGGCGGCGGCGGCGGCGGCGGCGGCGGCGGCAGGGGGGGGGGGGGGAGAGUGGCUGUCUCACGGUGCCGCUCGCCAACGGCCGGUGUAUCCCGGUGCUGGGGCUCGGUACUUCCCAUCAAGGUGGUUAUUCCCAUGAUGCUGUAGUCCAUGCAUUACGAAAAUGUGGCAUUCGUCAUAUUGACACAGCAAAAAGAUAUGGCUGUGAAUCUCUCCUCCAAAAGGCCAUAGAAGAGAGUGAUGUGAAGCGAGAGGAUCUCUGGAUAACUACCAAACUGUGGCAUAGUGAUUAUGGCUAUGAAAACACAAAAAAAGCCUGCUUGGAGUCAUGUGAAAGACUUGGUGUUGAAUAUCUUGAUCUUUAUUUAAUACACUGGCCUGAUACACAUGUUCCAGGUAAAAGCAAUCGAGAGGUCCGAGCUGAAACCUGGGGAGCAAUGGAGGAGCUCUAUGAGAAAGGUUUGUGUAGAUCAAUUGGUGUAAGCAACUUCCUUAUCAGUCAUCUUGAACAACUAAAGGAAGACUGUGUGAUUACUCCACAUGUUAAUCAGGUUGAAUAUCACCCUUUCCAAAGACCUCAAGAGCUGGUUGAUUAUUGUAGGAGCAGAAAUAUUGUUUUUGAAGGCUACUGUCCUUUAGCCAAAGGUGAAGCACUCGCUCAUCCUAGCAUCACUCAGCUGGCAAAGAAAUAUGGCAGAACUCCAGCACAGAUUUGCAUACGCUGGAGUAUACAGAAUGGGAUUGUCACUAUUCCAAAGUCCACAAAAGCAGAAAGGAUACAGGAAAACUGCAAGGUGUUUGAUUUUACACUAGCAGAAGAUGAUGUUGAUGUUCUGAAUGGAAUGCAUGAUGGACGACAUGUUUCCUGGGACCCAAGCCUUAUUGUGUGAAUGAAGGCUUGAGCUUUUUCCUUUGUCAGUGAUCAGAAAUGGUUAUUUUACUGUUGUCCCUGUCAUUGUCCCCCCAGUAUUGCAGGUGUUUGAUUUUAAUCUGAGGGAAGAAGAUACGGAAUUAUUGGACACUAUGAAUAUCAACAGCAAAUUAAUUCAUCUAACUUAUCCACUGUGGAAAGGAUAAUUUAAAACUACAUUGUUCUGUACUGCAAAAGGGGUGCAACUGAAACAUUAAUUUUAAACUGAACAAUAAAUCUAAAUUGUCGUCUUGGGUACUCAGUGUACCUAAUAUCAAUGGGAAAUCAGUAUCAAUGGCUUGUAUUUACUGUUACAUUAACAAAUCAAUAAAGUCAUUUGGUUUACUCUU